CGACGUCGACGUCGACGUCCUUCACCUUGCUUCACAACUGCCCUCGCAUAUUGAAUUUCACAUCUUUGGUCCCUCCAUCUUUCGCCAUCAUCAUCAUAAUCUUUUGUGUUGGCAACCUGUUCGCGUCCAGACAGGAAGUUUAGCCAAGUGCAGCCGCACCGCAGGCAGCGACGGAAGCAGUAACGCAACGCUUCGCUGCCAGCGUCGCCGCCAGCGGCUCAGCAGCUGCAUCCAGAAAUUCGUAAAAAAAAAUCAUCUCUGAUUUUUGAAAAAUAUUGGACAUGACCUCGACAGUGACGGGCGAUGGAAGUCCGAGCAGCGAGACGGCCUGGCUAGAAGAUCUGCUGCGAGAGGUGCAGCUGGAGCAGUUCCUCGACCGGAUACGCGAUGACCUGCAGGUGACCCGACUGGCCCAUUUCGACUAUGUUCUGCCCGAGGAUCUAGAGAGAUGUGGGUUGGGGAAGCCGGCCAUCCGGCGGCUCAUGGAGGCGGUGCGGAAAAAGAAGGCCCACCAGUGGAGGAAGAACAUCCUGUCCAAGCUGAUUGGCGGCGGCAAGCAGCCCUCCUCCAAGAAGCAACAGUCCUCGGCCAAGGACUCCAGUCAGGGCAACGGCACCCAGCUGACCUGCCUCAUCCACGAGAAGGACAUCACACUGGGCCUGAAGUUGGGCGACGGAUCCUUCGGGGUGGUGCGUCGCGGCGAGUGGAGUGCCUCCCCGGCUGGCAAAGUGAUCCCCGUGGCUGUCAAGGUGCUAAAGUCCGAUAAUCUCACCCAGCCCGGCAUCAUCGAUGACUUCUUCCGCGAGGUGCAGGCCAUGCACGCUCUGGACCACUCGAAUCUCGUGAGGCUGUACGGCGUGGUGCUGUCCCAGCCCAUGAUGAUGAUCACGGAGCUGGCGGAGCGCGGAUCCCUGCUGGACACACUCCGCAAGCAGUGCCGCCACACCUCGCUGACCAUCAUCUGGAACUGGUCGGUUCAGAUCGUUACGGGCAUGGCCUACCUGGAGCAGAAACGAUUUCUGCACCGAGACCUCGCCUGCCGGAACGUUCUGCUGGCUGCUGGGAACAAGAUCAAGAUCGGAGACUUUGGACUAAUGCGAGCCCUGCCUCAGGAGGACGACUGCUAUGUGAUGUCCGAGCACAAGAAGGUGCCCUUCCCCUGGUGUGCCCCGGAGUCGUUGCGAUUUCGUCAGUUUUCGCACGCCUCCGACACCUGGAUGUUUGGGGUGACGCUGUGGGAGAUGUUCAGCUUUGGCGAGGAUCCCUGGGUGGGUCUCAAUGGCUCCCAGAUCCUGCGAAAAAUCGAUCGCGAGGGCGAGCGACUCCAUCAGCCAGAUGCCUGUCCUCCGGAUGUCUACGCCAUGAUGCUGCAGUGCUGGGAUAAGACGCCACAAGAACGUCCUACCUUCGCUGCUCUCAAAGAAUACCUUGCCAGCAUGUCGCCUCCCGUGAUGCGCGCCUCUCGCGGCUAUCACGAAUCCAAGGGCCUUCAGAUCGAGCCUGGGGACACAGUAGCCAUCAUUGAUGGACGGCAGGAACUUAAACUGAUCAAGGGUCAGAAUCAGCGUACCUUCGAUAUCGGAAUCUUUCCGAGGAGUCUGCUGGAGCAGCGGAAAGUGGGCGCCGUCCAUGAUGCGGCCAUGAGGAACAGCAUGGGCAAUGCGUCAUCCUCUUCGCCCUUUGGAUUCUGUUGGGGCGGAGCAGCGGCCAUGGCCAAUGGAGAUGCCAGGCAAUCGAAGGGUGGACCGGCCUUCCCCCAAAACCAUGCCAAGGAGCGAAAGUCCACGUCCAGCAAGCAGUUCGCCUACAACAAGCUGGUGAACGAAGCGGCGGCUGCCGGUCUUCAGCGGAGGAACGCGGUGAAGCACAAGGGUGCCCUUGUGGGUCCGCAACGGCCACCGCCUCCCCAGUUCCAGCAGGAGGGAUUACUCAUCGACAUUUCCCCGUCCGGUGGGAUGAUGUCGGGAGCGGGAGACAGCUCCUCACUGCAGGCGGAUAGCUCGUUUUGCAUUCUGGAUGCUCCCAUUGAUGUGCCCACUUUCGACGAAAACGAAAGACCCAGAGAACGUUGUGCUUCACCCACAUACUUCAAUGAGCAACCCCACUUCGAGCUGGACAUGAACAACAGGGCACCCACUUCCCCGGGCCGAAUGCAGCCGCCACCUUACCAGAUGCCUCCCACUUACUCCAACACGAUGGAGUUCGCCCAGAAGCGAGACCUGAAUCAACAGCUAUCUACCCCGGUCAGGGAAAUGGAUCCCUUCGAUACCAGCAACGUGGACACGGGAGUAGCCCUUUACUCCAACUCGAACUACCAAUCCCUGGAGACAGCUCCUCCUGCCCAGGCAGCGCCCAUUUACAGUAGUCCUUCCGUACGAAAGAGUCUCUUUGGGGGAUCCAACGCGAACAAGGAGAACAUACCUGCCCUCGAGUCAGCAGCCAUGCAGCUUAAUUUGAGUAACCAGCCAGUCCAGCCCGUGGAACCUUCUGCUGCUCCUUCCGAAAGCGUGCUGCUGGACAAGUCCUUCAUUGCCGAGCUAGAGAAGGACAUGUACAGCAAUGGCCAGACCCGGGCGCAGGAGGAGUACCAGCGCAACUCCACCCAGAUGUAUUCCAGCAAGGACAUGGUCUACAAGCAGAAUCUGACGCCCCUGAAGAAUGGAGUUCCCUCGAAUCAUUCCAGUCCCUCCUCAACCGUGUCGCCCAAACAAAACAAUGUCGAGGCGGCAGCAGCAGCCGGCUCUACCCAGAGCGUGGUGAAUCGAAUAUGGUACGAGCAGGUGGCCACAUCCUCGGAGUACUAUGCCCAGCCGCCCAGGGAGCAGCCGGAAGAGCAGAUCUACCAGAAUAACCAGCAUGUCUCGAUGCAGCCGGAGGCCAAUCACUCGUUUGUGGCCAUUUCCAACCGGGUAGUGGCGCCCAAGAACAACACCUACGCCUCGUCAGGCUCCCUCUACGAUGCAGUGGCGGCUAGCACGGCAGGAUCCACCUACUACGGCCAGGUGCCGAACGGUAGCGGGGCUGCUCUCUACGACGAAGUGACCACAGAUGAUUACCUGAGGCCCCAUCGACCUGCUCCUCUGGCUCCUCCUCCGCUAUCCGCCCAGCAAAUCCAGAGACGAAUGGAGAAGAUGCGUCUGCAGCAACAGCAGCAACUGGAGGGAGCCCACCAGCUUUACGCGCCGGUGCCCUCGGAUUUCGGUCGCGAGCAGGAAAAGCUGCAGCAACUGAUGCAGGAACUGGGCAGCACGGCGGUGGAGCAGGAUGUGCGCAACGCCCUGCGAGCGGCCAGCGGAGAUGUGGGUCUGGCCACGAGGCACUACAAGAUCGACCAGCUGGCGCGAUUGGGCGUGGCAGCUCGCCCCCAGUGUGAACAGGCCCUGCAGCAGAGCAACUGGAGUCUGGAGGUGGCCGCGGAAAUGCUCCUGGCGGGUUAACUACACAAAAAUCACGUAUUACUAGCUCGAAUAUAACCGCUAUAGUUUUAUGUAAUUGCUGAACACGGAAUGCUGCCUGGUCCGGCACAUUCUAUUCAUGUCUAUAGUUAGCGAAUCCAAUAUCGAAAACGAUGUCUCGAAUUAUUCUCAUAAUACUCCUAAGUGGAUGCCCGAAUGCAAACACAUUAUCAACGACUGUACAAUAUGUUCUAUUUUAUAUAAGCGAUCGUAUAAAAUUAUUUUUUAAUUGUUA